CGUCGGUUCACACUCGGCUCCAGCUGAUCUCUCUUGAAGACGUUUGUAUUACUUUCUCUCAUCGUAUUCGAAAACAAUGUCUUCCUCUGCAUCAAAUCUGCUGGUGUUUGCGGCCACGCUGAUCACCAUCACUGCGCCCUCACAAUUAUGCUCGGCCCAUCCUGUAGUGCAAGAUGUGACGUCACAGAACCAGGCAAGGAGCUCAAGCAUAUCAGGCCUUUCGUGUACGAGUUCUCCACUGGGGAUGGCCAGUGGGGCCAUCCCUGAUUCCAGCCUGACGGCGUCAGGCUCAUACGACUCAUCUUAUCUCCCAAGCAAGGCCCGACUGAAUAGUACUGGUUGGUGGAUAUGCCCGAAUGAAAAACCCGAGGGUCAAUGGAUCCAGGUAGACCUCGGUCAGUACACAGCCAUCACGGGGGUCAUCGUAGAGGGACAUUCAACCCAUCAUAUCCUAACAUUUGCUGUAAACUCCAGUAAUACGGGCGAGUCCAAUGAUUGGCAGAAACUAACUGACAGAGGACAGACCGUACAGUUGAAUGGGCACAAUGGUAAUAGCCAACCUGUGAAUGUGACGUUCCCCGUGGUACUGAUGGCAAGAUUCCUCCGCAUACUUCCACUCACAUGGAGUUACUCUACUUAUUAUUACCUGAGGUUCGAAGUGCUCGGAUGUCGAGUCACUAGCGGCAUGAUUCGAUUGGUUGGCGGUGAUGACAAAUGGAGCGGCCAAGUGGAAAUCUACCGCCAUCAUGCUUGGGGUGCAGUCUGCGAUAGCAGUUGGGAUAUGAAGGACGCCACCACCGUGUGUCAUCAGCUCGGCUUCAUCGAGGCUCUGGAGGCUAAAACGGGGUUGUCCAGCCGAGAGAGUGACCGGCCGAUCGUGAUGAAUCGAGUCGCCUGUACUGGAACUGAACGACGGCUGGCUGACUGUCCGUUUGUCUGUACCGGCUCUCAGCAAUGCAGCAGCUCAACUGUAGCAGGAGUCGUUUGUAAACCACGACCUGGUAAGAAAUACUCCGCCCUCUUUAGUUUCCAUGACAUGUCAUUCACAUCCGACUUUGUGUCUUAA